AUGGGUAUAUUUUCCGAAAACAGCUUGCUACAACUACCUCCGUGGCAGCUGGUGGUAGCAGGACUGAUCGUCGCCCCACUCGUUUUCGUCGUGGGAUUCUGGAUCUAUACCACACCGAAUACUCUCACCGAUUCUCGACGGAAAUACCUCCCACCAGGUCCAAAGGCUCUUCCUUUCAUCGGGAACUACUUUGAUCUUGGCGACAACGAAGCCGUGCCUCGAAAAGCUGCUGCGUGGGCAAAACAAUAUGGAGAUGUGUUCUACACGAAAGUUGGAGGCGCGGAUUACAUCUGGUUAUCCUCUCCGAAAGUGGUGAAAGAUCUCAUGGACAAAAAAUCCGCCAUCUACUCCUCGAGACCGCCUGCUCCGCUUGCCUCGGAUGUGGCGUCUGCAGGAAGGAGGCAAUUGUUCAUGCCGUAUGGCCCGCGAUAUAGGACUGUACGAAAAAUCGCUCAUUCCUUGCUUAAUAUCACCAUGUCGACCGGAUAUCAGCCAGUUCAGGACUUGGAAUCGAAACAGCUGCUCUUCGACCUCUUGCAUGACCCAGAGCAUUUCUAUGACCACAAUCGCCGCUACUCAGCUAGUGUAAUCAUUUCCAUCACUUACGGGCACCGAAUCGCGACUUGGGAUAAUCCGCUCGCGAAGAAGGUCUACCAAGUUGUGAACAAUAUGCAAAAUUACGCAAGUCCGGGAAUGUGGAUGGUUGACACCUUUCCCUCGAUUCAACACCUCCCUCAAAUAUUCUUCGGAAAUUGGCGAGCGUUUGGGAAGAAAUGCCAUGAGCACGAUGCACCGAUCUACCUGGGACUCUGGAACGAUCUGAAGAAAGAAGUGCAAGAAGGAAAAGCGAAACAAUGUUUCUGUAAGGAUUUCUAUCAGAGUGAUCCGGAGAAGCUGGGCCUUGAUACCUUGCAAGCGGCGUAUCAAUGCGGUGGGCUCGUGGAAGCUGGGUCGGAAACCACGUCUGCGUAUUUGAAUACGUUUCUCUUAUUCGCAGCAAUGGACGAGGGGAUUGUGAAGAAGGCGCAAGAGGAGUUGGACAGGGUAGUAGGGUUUGAAAGGUAUCCUACUUGGGAGGACGAGGAGAAAUUGCCAUAUAUCAGGGCAGUGAUCAAGGAGCUGUUGAGGAUGAGACCCCCGAAUAAAAUUGGAAUGCAUCAUGCGACAACGGAAGAUGAUUGGUACGAGGGCAUGUUCAUCCCGAAAGGAUCUGUUGUCAUUCUCAAUUGGUGGGCAAUCAACUACGACCCCGACCGCUGGGAAUCUCCCCACGAGUUCAAACCGGAGCGCUAUCUGGGCUAUGAUCUUCCAGCCGCAGCAUACAUCAACAUCGCUGAUCCCAACGACCGAGACCACGUCUCAUAUGGUGCCGGCCGACGAGUCUGUCCCGGUGUUCACGUCGCAGAGAAGUCCUUGUUCUUGAACAUCAGUCGAAUCUUAUGGGCAUUCAAUAUAUCGAAGAAGAAAGUUAAUGGAGAAGUCAAAGAGCCUCUGAAUGCCAUGGUGCCGGGCUGGAUGUGUAUCCCACAGUCAUUUGAGUGCGAUAUUACGGUCAGAUCUGAUAAGCACGCAAAGAUGAUCGAAAAGAUCUGGAGUGAGGCUUCGGCUGAGAUUAAGUUGGAUGAGAAAAGAGGGUGA